AUGACAGGGUCGCGUUCGGCCAAGACCGUGAAGAAGGCGGCGCGGGUCAUCAUCGAAAAGUACUACACCCCCUGGGCAACAACUUCCACACCAACAAAGCUUGUGUGCGUGGAGAUCGCCAUCAUUCCCAGCAAGAAGCUCCGCAACAAGAUCGCCAGAUAUGUGACUCAUCUGAUGAAGCGCAUCCAGAGAGGCCCUGUGAGAGGUAUCUCCAUCAAGUUGCAGGAAGGAAAAAGAGAAAGGAGGGGUAACUAUGUCCCUGAGGUCUCUGCGUCAGAUCAGGAGAUCACUGAAGUGGACCCUGAUACCAAAGAAAUGUUCAAACUCCUGGACUUUGGCAGUUUGUCCAACCUGCAAGUUACCCAGCCCACGCUUGGGAUGAACUUCAAAACACCAAGAGGAGCUGUUUAA